UUCUUCUAUCCCAAUCCUAAAGAUGCAUUCAUCAAAAGUUUGAUAAUUGCUGAAUAUAUUGGAAACGGUGCCGACCGUGUGAAAAACCGAGAUGGGUUCUCUGAGGUUACUGCAGAUAUUCUAUUCAAUAUUCCAGUCAUUAAAACUGCUAAUGCGCACAGAGAGGCGGGUGCUCCUGUAUACCUGUAUGAGUACCAGCAUUCCUUGAAAAUGGUGCAGAAAAGAAGACCGAGCUUUGUUGGGAGUGAUCAUACAGAUGAAAUUUUUACAGUGCUGGGAUUUUGCUUCACAACUACCCACGUUAAACUGCCUCAGCCAUGCUUUGUGGAGGAGGAAGAGUUGAGCAGAACCAUGAUGAGCUACUGGGGCAACUUUGCUCGCACAGGGUCUCCUAAUGGGCACAACCUUGUCCACUGGCCAAAGUAUGAAGCAGAUGAAAAGUACCUGGCGAUUGAUUUAAAAACGCAAGUAACUGCUCAGCACUUGAAGAAGGAGCGCUUUGUCUUCCUGACUCAGACCGUGCCAGAGAAGCUCAAACAGCAUGACAAAAAUGCAGAACGCAGCGAGCUGUAGAAAACUUGCAUCUCUUCUCUGUUACGUCAGUUUUUGAUAUCAUUACCAAAUAAUAAAAUACAUAAAUUAAUCACUUA